AGGAUCCUCUACGUCUAUCAAACGGACCGGCAGAUCCAGGAACCUUGCUCUGUGCCGCGCUUACAGCGACUUCCGGCGAGCCAUGCGCCACAAUGUUCUUGGCUAGGCUCGCGGAAAGUCUGCCAUAUAAGACUGUGGUCUGUAUUCUGACACCGUCAUAGCACCCCCCAUCGAAGAACUCGUAUGUCCGCUUCAAGCUCUGUCACCGAGAACUCUGGGCCAUUGGACGAUCCAGCUCCCUCAUCGCAAGGAGAGACCCCAAUUACCUUCAUCUAUCCGUCCGUGUGCAUGAACUGCCGCAGGGACAACCUCAAGUGCCGAUUUCCCCCACGCACAAGCCCGGACCAAGCGCGGAGGUCCUGCUUACAAUGCACCCAGCGCUGCAUGAACUGCGUGCCAAUUACGGCUUCGAUCGAAUCCUCGAGCAGGGGGCGCUGAAAACUGGCCAUUCGGUGCCACGGUUUUUGCCAUGAUCCGGAGUGAAUUGCACUCUUACAGGGCAUAUAUUCCAUAUAGGAUUGUAUGGAAUUUAUCUCCGUGGAC